UAAGCACCGUUUCCUUCGUUAAUCGUUUACUUAACUAGCAGCCAGUUUUAUGUGUUUAUAGGAAGUUUAUCUGAAGCUUCAGAAAUGUGACGCUUCUGUUCGCUAACAACAAGUUGUCUAUGAAUUUCUUUGAAUUUGAUUAACAUGUAUAAAAAUGUGCAUUAUCUUUACAUAUCGAUGUACUGUAAUAUCCCUGUAAUAUCUAGUAUUUUACCAACUCUGUGUUCGUAUUUCUGUCCAUCGUCUUUUAAUGUCAUCGUUAUUUUUAAAGCUGGCUACCUGAAAAGCAAGCGGUCUUCGGUAUGCUUUUCUUUUAGAUUCUUUGCCUGAGCAGUCAUGCGUCUGUUGCCUGCAUGAAUUUUCCAUCCCGAAUAGCAGCUUUCCUGCAGAAUGAGUGGUCCCAAGCCAGACAUCCUGUGGUCUCCUCACCACGUGGAUCGCUAUGUGAUCUGUGACUCGGAGCUCAGCCUGUACCGCAUCGAGUCCCUGGGGAGCACCGAGGCCAAGGCCGGUGCCGUCCCGCUGUCAGAGGAGACAGCAGCCACGCUGCUGGCCAUUAACUCCGACACACCCUACAUGAAGUGCGUGGCGUGGUACCCCAAACACGAGCCUGAGUGCCUGCUGGCCGUGGGUCAGGCCAACGGCCGCGUGGUCCUCACCAGCCUGGGGCAGAGUCACAACUCCAAGUGCAAGGAGCUGAUGGGGAAGGAAUUUGUGCCCAAACAUGCGCGGCAGUGCAACACGCUCGCCUGGAACCCCGUGGACAGCAACUGGUUGGCUGCGGGUCUGGAUAAGCACCGAGCCGAUUUUUCAGUCUUGAUAUGGGACAUCAGCAGCAAGUUCACCCCUGAGGCCUCAGUGCCAGCUGAGAAGAUCCGCCUGUCGUCUGGGGACACGGACUCGGGUGUGGUGGUGACCAAGCCGCUGUAUGAACUAGGCCAGAACGACGCCUGCCUGUCCCUCUGCUGGCUUCCGCGCGACCAGAAGCUGCUGCUGGCCGGCAUGCACCGCAACCUAGCCAUCUUCGACCUGCGCAACACCAGCCAGAAGAUGUUCGUCAACACCAAAGCCAUCCAGGGAGUGACAGUGGACCCGUACUUCCACGACCGUGUGGCCUCCUUCUUCGAGGGCCAGGUGGCGAUAUGGGACCUACGGAAGUUCGAGAAGCCGGUGCUGACGCUGAGCGAGCAGCCCAAGCCGCUGACCAAAGUGGCGUGGUGCCCCACCCGCACGGGCCUGCUGGCCACGCUGAUGCGGGACAGCGACGUGGUGCGCCUCUACGACAUGCAGCACACGCCCACGCCCAUCGGUGACGAGACGGAGCCCACCAUCAUCGAGCGCUGCGUGCAGCCCUGCGAGACCAUAAUCGGCAGCUUCGCCUGGCACCCCUCUGCCCAGAACCGCAUGGUGGUGGUAUCGCCGAACCGGGGCAUGACGGACUUCACGGUGUUCGAGCGCAUCUCGCUGGCCUGGAGCUCUGGCACGUCGCUGGUGUGGGCUUGCGGCCGGCAUCUGUACGAAUGCUCUGAGGAGUGCGGCGCCGGGGCCGCGGCGGCAGCCGAGCGCGACGUCGCCACCAAGAUGCGGGAGCGCGCUCAGUCCCGCUACGGCCACGACACCGUGCAGGUGUGGAAGAACCACGUGUUAGCUGGGGGCAACGACCCGCAGCUGAAAUCCCUCUGGUACACACUGCAUUUUAUGAAGCAGUACACUGAGGACCAGGAGCACAAGCAGCAGGGGAACAAGCAGCCGCUGCUUUACUCGGGCAUCAAGAACAUCGUCAAGUCCAGCACCUCCGGUACGACGGAGAGCCGGCGCUGCUGGAGCGGCUCGGAGCGGCCGGCCGAGGUGGUACGGUACCUCAGCGAGGAGCGUGGUCUGGCGCUGCAGCUGUGUGGCUGGAUCCGAUGCGGGCCCGACAUCAACGUGGAACCCUUCCUCAAGUCCCUGGAGCAGGAGGGCGAGUGGGAACGUGCCGCUGCCGUAGCGCUCUUCAACCUGGACAUCCGGCGAGCCAUCCAGAUCCUCCACAAGGGGGCGUCCUUCGAUAAAGGAGACCUGAAUCUGAACGUGGUCGCCAUGGCGCUGUCGGGCUACACGGACGAGAAGAGCUCCCUCUGGAGGGAGAUGUGCAGCUCGCUCCGGCUCCAGCUCAGCAACCCCUACCUCUGCGUGAUGUUCGCCUUCCUCACCAGUGAGCCAGGGGCUUACGAUGGAGUGCUGUACGAGAGCCGUGUGGCUGUCCGGGAUCGAGUGGCCUUCGCCUGCAUGUUUCUCAGUGACUCCCAGUUGCCACGCUACAUUGAUAAGCUGACCAAUGAAAUGAAGGAGGCGGGGAACCUGGAGGGGAUUUUGCUGACGGGACUCACGAAAGACGGUGUGGACUUGAUGGAGAGCUACGUGGACCGAACAGGAGAUGUUCAGACUGCCAGCUUCUGCAUGCUGAAGGGGUCUUCGGGGGAGGUGCUGAAGGACCCCCGCGUCCAGUGCUGGAUUGAGAACUACCGCAACCUCCUGGACGCCUGGAGCUUCUGGCACAAGAGGGCUGAAUUUGACAUCCACCGUAGCAAGCUGGACCCCAGCUCGAAGCCGCUGGCACAGGUCUUUGUCAGCUGUAACUUCUGCGGGAAGUCCAUCUCCUACAGCUGCUCCUCCAUGCCCCACCAGGGCCGUGGCUUCAGCCAGUACGGGGUCAGCGGCUCGCCCACCAAGUCCAAAGUCACCAGCUGUCCCGGCUGCCGCAAGCCGCUGCCCCGCUGUGCCCUCUGCCUCAUGAACAUGGGCACGCCGGUGUCCAGCUGCCCAGGUACUGGGAAAUCAGACGAAAAGGUCGAUCUCAGCAAGGAUAAGAAGCUGGCCCAGUUUAAUAACUGGUUCACAUGGUGCCACAACUGUCGCCAUGGGGGACACGCAGGUCACAUGCUGAACUGGUUCAGCGAUCACAGCGAGUGCCCAGUGUCAGCUUGCACCUGUAGGUGCAUGCAGCUGGAUACGACUGGGAAUUUGGUUCCAUCAGACAGCAGCUAGGGGGCGCCCUGCCCCCUCACCCCCCCCAGCCCCCCUGCCUUGAUUGUCCAGAGGCCAAACUGCGAGGCCGUGACGGAACACGUGUCCGUCCCAUCAUGGACUUAUUGAAAAUCCCUGCAGUCAUCUGGAGAAUUUUGUUUUAAUUGGAAGGAAGCUCUCAAACCUGUGGUUUGUCUCUCAGUGAGGUAGGUGCUGAAGGACAACGCUUACACACUUAAAAAUAAAUGUAAGAAAAUUUCUGAAUUGCGGACUGUGGAACAUGACGGACUUGCCCGGCAGAGUACGGCUGACCAGGGAUUAUUUAACGGGCUGAUAGCGACUAAGCAGCUUGGAGUGACACACUGCUGGGAGUUUGCAAACGGAAGAGAGAACAGAUAGUGUGAAGUACUGACACGGUUUCUAUGGCUACCUCUGAAAUAAAUGCCUUUUCAUAAUAUUUUGCUUUAUGUCAUGCAGCCUUCAGCGUUGUUGGGAAUUAACUCCACUUUCAAAGAAGUGGAAAAGUGUUCCAGAAAUUUGGACAGAGUGCCGCACUGUAAGUGCCACGUAAUGCUGUGGCCUGGUGUUUUUGCAUAUUGAGGUUUGACUCUACGCUGCCAUCGUGGCCCCCUGCAUGGGGCCAUCCUGAAAUGGCCCUUCCCAUCCCUGAUUCAGCUAGACCCAAGUCCUUUUCCACCCCAUUUUAAGGUAAUUUAACUGACUCUAAUGAUACAGAUUUGGGCAACCGCACUCUAAUAAUGACUGUAAGAUUAAUCUAAGUGGGUCAUGCAUUAUCCCAUUAAUGCAGAUCAUGAAUAAGCAGAUAUCUCUGCCCAUUAGGGCAUUAUAUAGACAAAUCUGACAGAUGUAAUAUAUAUAUAAAGACAGGUACCAACAUCUUUUAUAAAAUAUACAGUAUAUUCAUACACAAACGCUGUUACACACUUGCCAAGAAUUUCUGUCUUACACUGAUACGUCUGCAUUUUCACAGCUAUGUAUGAACAGUUACUGGUAAUGGAUGUUAAUUUCUAAUGGAAAGACCACAGAGUGAUUAUAGCACUGCUUUUUGUGAAGGAAUAUCACACACUGCUUAUGGAUGCAUCUGUUGGAAAAGCGUCUUGUUGCAAUAAAAGCUUCCACAGCUCCAGAUUGGGGAUUCCUUAAACUGAAAUAAAAUCCAGAUUUGUGACAUUGUAUUGCAAUUAGUGCUGUAUGUGUGAAUAAACUAGUAAUUACAAGUUCUUCAGCGCUCCUGUAGUUAAACUGCGAUGACUUUCCGAAGGCUAAGGUUGUAUAAAGAUUGAUAAUAAUUCCUGCAACUAAGACUAUUACAGGAUAAAUGUCUGAAUUAUUAUAAGAGGCAGGACACUUGUCCAGAAAGAGGCAUAUUUCGCUUUUUCUUCAUGGCUUCUGGAGGAGGACGCACAGAUGGUCAGGUGUUGUAUGUUUCUUUUGGUGGCUGCUGGCGGUUCAGAGGUGACGGUGUGUCAGAGCCGGCUCUGCGUCUUCUGGAUUGGGCAGAGGAAUGUUUCUGUGAGACGGUCUCACCGCCCAGCCGACCCGCACGGUAAUAACAUCAGCGCCCUUCCUUCUGGGAACGCUGGAGAGUGUCCAAGACGCCCAGUGGAGGGUGUGGUGAGCGUAUGGUUAAUGCUAACGCCGCGUGUAAAGCCUGCCUGUUGCAGCAGUGCUUUGUAUCGAGGCAUCAGUCUGACCAACAUUGUUUUUUCACGUUUAACUUUGCCUAGGGAUUUUUUUUUUUAAACUGAGAUAUCCCAACAUGCACUUUGUGUUGUUUGCUUUUUCAAUGGUCCUAACAUAAUUUUGCAGUGUUCCAUAUGUCCUUAAAGAGUUACCGUUGAGUGCGUAACUGGGGAUUAUGGGUAACAAGGCAUAGGGGGUUGCUAUCAGGUUAAGGUAGGGCGAUCAACUUGCUGUUGUGCCCUGUAUCAGAAACUGACUCUAGAUUUCUGUAGCAAGAUUCAUAAAUGUAUGAAUUCUCUAAGGACCUGUAUUAAAGAUUCUAUGCACUUAAA